AUUAAGGAGUUAUCAGUUGCAACACUCAUAUACGCACCCGGUUCUGUCAGGGCCGUAAUAUCCUCACAGACUCACAAACACUCGUCUUGAGGUGUGUUAAAAGGCCCCGCGGUCAAGCCAUUACCCAAAAGUGAGCCAUUACACGCGUUUCUCCGCCGUGAAAGGAAACAAAAAAGCCCGACAGUUGCAACACGUAUUACGCACUCUAUUCUGUCAGGGCCUUAGUAUCUUAACAGACUCGAAAAUAUUGGUCUUUGGGCGUAAGAAAAGGCCUUAUUACCCAAAAGUGAGCCAUUACACGCGUUUUUCCCCUGUGAAAAGAGACACAAAAGUCCAUCAGUUGCAAAACGGAUUACGCACCCAGUUCAGUCAGGGCCUUAAUAUCCUAACAGACUCGAAAAUACUGGUCUUCAGGCGUAGGAAAAGGCCCUAAUACCCCAAAAGUGACCCAUUACACGCGUUUUAUCCCCGUGAAAGGAGCCAAAAAAGUCUAAUUGAUUCAGCUCCCCGCGUUUGCGCACAGCCGUGUCGUCUGCUUGCCUCCAUAUUACAUGUUUUCCGCCUCUGUAGGGCAUUCAUCGAGCCCACGACCGGUAUAAAGCAAAGUUAAGACACCCAUAUUGACCUCAGUGACCGGGAAACGAGGAGGGUGACGUGUGAAGGUGAAAAAAAACGGCUUGAUAAUUGUUGUAAGGCAGGAUGAUGGAGGAGGGGGUAUACGGCGGAGGGAAGGCAGGGGCUCCUUUUGACCCUCUAACCUUUAUCCAGCGGCCCCAGGUCAUCCUCAGGGCAGUGACAUGGCUCUUUUCUGUCAUCAUCUUUGGCUGCAUCUCAUCACAAGGCUGGAUUUUGAACAAGGAGGGCAAGGAAGUGUGCCUCUACAAUGAAGAUAGCAACGCCUGCAACUAUGGGGUCGGAAUUUCUGUCAUCGCGUUCCUGGCCUCCAUUGGGUUCAUUGCUGGUGAAUACUUCUUUGAGCAGAUGUCCUCCGUCAAGACCAGGAAACGCUAUGUCAUGGCAGACAUGGGCUUCUCAGCCUUUUGGUCGUUCCUGUACUUUGUUGGCUUCUGUUACUUGACCAACCAGUGGAGCAAGUCUAAAGAAACUAAUUAUGGAGUAAACAACAUGCAGGCAGCUAUUGCAUUCAGCUUCUUUGCAAUCUUCCCAUGGGCUGCAGCUGCUUACCUUGCUUUUCUGAGGUACAAACAGGGAUCAGACCAGGCCUUUGCCCCAAGUUAUGAGGCUGAACCCAACACCACAGGGGGCUACAACAGCUACCCAGAUGCCACAGACCCAGAUGGAGGCUACUCUCAGCCCCCAUUUAGUGGACAACCUCCCCAGCCUCAGUCAGGUACUGGAAACGCUACUGUGGAUUUUGGAUACCAGUCACAGUCUCAGGCAUGAAGUCACUGAAGACAAAGCUAAGAGUUCUUCAGCAGUAUCUCACCCUCACCUUCCUCCUUCUCCUUGUAAUGUCUUGUAAAAAUGAGUUGUUGUGUUGAGAAAAAACAGAUCUGUGUAGACUUGGUCAUUGUCUGUUUUAGGUAUAUAAUAUAUUAAUUUGCUCUCAUCAUUAUUGUAUAGUGUCUGUGACAUAAUUUCUCCCUCAUGAUUAUCGUAUAAUGUCUGUGAACAUAAUUUUGUAAGGUGCUGUAGUUAGUUGGCUUUUCCUUACCCCUGUAGUGGUUGAGAGGGAUAUAUACAUGCUGGUUUGAGUGACUAGGCAGGUUUAUGUACAGUAGCUAUGACUGCCUGAUUUGUUCUUGAUUUUUUUGUGUUAUAUCUUCCUCAUCUCUAUUCCUCCUCCUAGUAAACUGCUUCUUGUUAUCAGCAGGUGUGCAGCAGCCUCUACCUUAUUAAGCCACAUGUGUUUUUGGCGGCACAGCUAGUCAUGGCCACUAGUCAACACUGCUCAGCUGGAUAGCACCAAUUCUCCUGCUGCUGAUAGCCACCAAGUAUUACCUGCAUCCACCUGUUUGUUUCAGGAGGGUUGGGCCAUCCUUGGAAUCACUAGUCAGGGGAAAACUAAACUGUCAUCCCUUGUUGCAGUGUUGUAUGAAGCUAACUACCUUAAGGAUAAACAAUGACCUAGUUUUUGAGGCUUUGGUAGGGUGAAGUUCCUGGAUAUAGCAGGGCAAGGGCUCCUAGUACUGAAGGCAGAAAAUAAUGUCCCCCACCCCCCCCUAGUGAAGUGAUUAUCAUUUCAGCCAAGGCCAGAAUGCCGUUUUACCUCACAGGUGGUUUGACCAUGAAUUCUCAUCCUCCUUGCCACUGUUGUAGGCAGCUAAAGGGAGGCUAAUCUUUAUGUACUAGUAGCAGUGAGAUGGGAGUCCUUGCAAGAAAGAGAAUCCAGUACUGAUGUUCUUUUUAUGGAGAGUCAAACUGUGUCAAAGUGUAAACGCAUACACUUUGCAUCAACAACCAAAUGUUAUGUACAGUUGUGGUAGUGUGUGUAGAGCAAUGUUAUUUCCCCUCAUAGGUACCUACAUAGAAUUACUCUACUCACUACACUCUUCACCUGUGUUAGCCACGCCCCACUCAGCAGGAUCCUUUCAUAGCUAGUAAAAACUAUAUUUUUAUUUAGUAUGUAUAAGGUAAUUGUUGCUUUAGAGAAAUCUGCUCUGAUGUACCUUAAUUUUGUGGUGUUGGUUUAUUCUAUGAGAAUGUCUUAAGAAUGACCAAUAAAAACAUUUCCUUUUUAUGUUAGACUUAUGAGGUUUUGUUUUGUUUUGUUUUGUUUUAAGUCCAAAAGCAUGCAUGAGCCAUAAACGAAGUACUGUACCCCAGCAAGUGAAUCUCACAGGAAAAUUACGCCCCACAUUCAUGUGUUCAGGUGGAUAGCUCUAGUUAUAAUAGUAAGAUACAAGUGCUCGUAUCCCUCAACAGCAAGCCUAUUUUCUUUACUAUUGUGCCAAUAAUAUGCAAAAAUUAAUUGAUAUCGAACAAUUAUGCGUGAAACACUAAAAAAAUUAAAAAGUGUGCAGGAGUUCAGCCUGUAUUUUAUUGUACUAAAUGUUAAAAGUGUCAUGUGCUGUUGCAAAAAAAUGUUAGUAUGCAAUUAGAGCUGCUAGCACUGUAGAGUAGUGGAUUGAAAAUUAUUUUCUGUGUAUAUUGCUUGAAUUGGCACUUGAGUUUUAUCACAUGCAUAUUUUUUCUUAAUCUGCACAUUUAUUCAUCAUUGUUUAUAAUGAUCGGAGGAAUUACUGGUUUUCUUUGCACAGGUUGCACUGCCUACAUUUGAAAUAAUUUACAGCAACUUAUCUUUUUAUAAUUGUAAAAUGUGAAUCUCGAAUGAUGGUAAUUAAAAGAAAUAAAUAGAUUUGUUUUCAUUGUAAAAGUGUUCAUUCUUGUCCAGCAGCAAAUUUAUUGUGUUCUCUCUAAUUUUAACCAAAGAGGUGAAAUAUUUUGGUGUAGCAAUAACAGUACCAGAGCAAUGCACAGACAGCUACAAUAUCUUGUAAAUUUUAACACUGGCUGUGGGUAAUGUUUUGGCCGGUCAGAAAUGAGAAUGAGUGGGAAAAACUGAUUCAUGAACCAUGACAGCCGACACUAUUGGUGUAAUGUGUCAAUCAUCACUGAGAUAUAUUGUACGGCCUUGAAAGGCUCUAGCAACAUUUUUUUAUAUAAAGUACUUAGAUUAAAAAUUAAAAAUUUUAAGUGCUUAACUGAAACCUGAUUCAUCUACAAAGCUUUUCAUUAAUAUUGAAAUUAUUGCACAGGAUUCUCAGACCCUAAUCCUGGUGACUCUUGAGUAUAAAUGCCAAGGAAACAGAAAGACACAUGUACAUUAAUAUAUCUUGUAAAUAAUGAAAACGAUAAUUAUUAUUGUUACUGUACUUCCCAUAUAAAAAAAUUAUAUAUUUUAGACGCAGGUUAUUUUUAUUAUACUGAGAAUUAUUUUUACUAUUCCCGAAGUAGACAUAUCACAUGUAUCGUACCAUAAAUGAGCGCAACGUUCUGGAGCCCCUGACGCCGGCUGGGCCACAUUCACGUAGCGUAUCAUGGCUCGUGUGUUGCCUUCCUCACGCCACCACAACACAGUCAAUCAGACACCCGAGGGAAGAUAAUGCCCCUAAGAACAUGGUCGCACUAAUAGUUCACUGCCUACACCAGUACUAACGCAUUUCUCCGCGAGAAAGAAAAUUACAGAUGUACUUUUAUUCAGUACAAUUUUCCGCAUAAAUUUUUUGUUGGCAACAUUUCUUUUUUUGUAAAUGUUGUAACUAUGUGAGAAGAGGCACAUUAGCCUGGUUCAUGUUCUGUAAUCAUCUCUAGUUAUUGGUGUAUAAAUGUACGUGAGAUUAUUCAAUUAUCGGAGGUCAGGAGUGUAGCUGAAAUUGAACUAAAGCGAGAUGUUUUAUCAUAAAGGGAGUGAAUGUUUUUUUGAGGGAAAUAAUUAUGACAAAAUUGACAAUAAUUAGACUGAAAAUUUAUCAGUUAAAUGUAACUUAAUAACCUCAACCACUGAAAUAACUUUGCUGUUUGUGAAGCUUUAAGGGGUGUGAACCUGCAUGAAUGAUCUCUGAUGUUAAGUGUAUAGUGAACAUUGAGUGAUGUAGAUAUUAUUGCCAGGCUAGGUGAGGAUAUUUGGACAUGUUAGUGGGUCACCAUUCAAGGAAUAUCUUCAAUUGGCCGUUACGUGUUUGAGGUAAAAUUAACCAUAUGAGGACCUAGUACUUGCAUGUGUAUAUACUAUACAUACAUAUAAAUAUAAUAUAAAUAUAAAUAUACCUAGGGCACUUCCUGUUUCAUCGACUCAACCUGCUGUAAUACUUCAUGUCAGUAAUGAGAUAGUUAAUGAAGGGUCAAUAAUUUGUAUAUAGGGGCAUUCCUUGACUGAUUAUUCCCAUGAUUGUUGCCGUUAAGUACCGUACAUUCCACUUGAUCUGUAAUUUUGCAUUUGGUUGUUGCAUCGUUGCAUCGGACCGAGUCUUUCAUUUCAGGUGAUCAAAUUCCUGUUUGGAUCCUUUCCAGGUAAUGUUACAGCGAUGACCCCGAGCAUUGUUAUCAUGGAAAUGUUACGUUUUAAGUUGAACGGUAAAUAUUUAGUCACUGUUCCUCUCCAAAUCAAUCUGUAUAUGGUUGUGAUUUGUCCCGUGUGAAGGUACUUUGUCUCGUCCUCAAAAGAUAGCAGCUUCAUACUACUUGUCCCAUAAAUUUACUGUAGUGUUUUAUUGUGCGAAGGAUUUUGACGCAGUUUUCCUUUGACUGAGAAGAUGCAACCUAUUUAUUUUUUGUUUGAGUUCAAAAGUGUUUGGUAUUGUUUUUUUCUUCAUGUGUUGCCUUUUAUCUGUAAUGGAAUGUAUUGUAAUGCACAUAAUAUAAGAAAAGUGCUUA